UCAGGGCGAGAGCCUCAUCAUUAACCUACGAAGGUACAGAUUCGGACUGACGGAUCCAAGACGUUGUUGGUGCGGAGAUAGUACGUCAUUGUAGAUCAGUCAGACAUCCCGAGCUUCUUGUCUUAUCUUCCCCUCAGUAGCACCUGCAGCUGUACAGUAGCUAUCUAAUUGAAUACCUCCGUGAACAUGUCUUCUGCUCUCCGUCUUGCACGUUCUGCCCGCUUUGCGUCUCGCGCAAUUGUUCCCGCGACAGCUUCGUUGCGACCAGCAGCUACCCGGUGCUUCCACUCGACUCCUGCAAAGAUGUCUCAACACCCGAUUGCUACCCUCCAGGAAGACCUGAUCCCCAAACUCCCCCCCUCAUCGCCCACACUCUUCGAAGCCAAGAAGAAGAAGAACCUCAGUUUUGAAGCCAUUGCGAAAGAGGUUGGACGUGACGAAGUAGCAAUCGCUGCCCUUUUCUACGGACAAGCAAUGGCCUCACCAGAGGACAUUCAGAAGCUAUCCAAGGUUCUCGACAUCCCUGCUGAAAUCCUCGAAUCGCAGCUCUCCGGGUUCCCAGAUCGCGGCCGAGCGCUUGAGAUGCCUCCCAAGGACCCGCUCGUCUACCGAUUCUAUGAGAUUGUGCAGAACUAUGGUUACGCGUACAAGGCUGUACUGAACGAGAAGUUUGGUGACGGUAUCAUGAGCGCUAUUUCAUUUUCGACUAAGGUCGAGAAGGAGACCGACGAGAAGGGCGAGUGGGCAAAGAUCACAUUGAGGGGCAAGUGGCUGCCUUAUUCGCGAUUCUAGAGGCUUGAUGAUUAAUGAAGCAUGUCAAACCCGGCCCGUAGGAUAUAGAUACGGCAAAGGCCUCUUGUUGGCCAUGCGAAUCUAAUUUAAUAUUCUAUAGGAUGGCAAUGUGGGGGAAUAUUGACUGCCCAACGGAUUGCCUUUCAUACCAUGGUCCUCACUUACAUUGUGUAGGCUGUUACGUGGCAGGACGGUCCGCCCGAUAUUGUAGCAGGUACAAAUAUGUGUUCUCUCACUGACAGCGCUUCACAAUGUUCUUCAUCAAUUUCGCUGUGCUCAUACUGCAACACGCUCGGCGCUCAAAGCUGGACCUAGCCGCA